GUCUUUCGGCACACGGGAGCGCUGCUGGUGACUUCACAGUGUGUGACCGGGUCCACGUGCAAAGUUCAACACCAAAACCACCACCGUCCAACAACCCUCAAAAUCCCCAAGCGCGACAAAAUUGAUGGCCAUACGAUCGAACCCAACACGCUCGAGCCUUGUUCCUUCUUCGCCUUUUCUCAGUGGCAGCCCUGACCCGAUAUGCAGCGCUUUGUCGCCGCCGUCUCUGAUGCGCCUCACGCGCCCAGAGUCGGUGAGGCGCUCUCGGGCAUCUUUGGCAGCGUGAGCUUGACGGCCUGGAUAUGUCUCUUGCUCCCACAACUGAUCACCAACUACAAAGCCAAGAGCGCAGAUGCCUUAUCAAUGAAGUUCCUGAUAAUCUGGCUGCUGGGUGAUAUGGCCAACCUUUCCGGCGCCCUCUUCACAAGCCUCGCGCCCUCCACCAUCGCCCUGGCCAGCUACUUCUGCGUCGCCGACCUGAUCCUGAUAAGCCAAUGCACCUACUACAACACCAUCAACGCCCGCCGCCGCCGCGCCGCCGCCGCCCGACGCGAGCACCACCACCACCGCCACCACCACCACACCCACCGGCGGCCCUCCACCGGCGACGACGAUGACCGCGACGCGUGCGCCUCCUCCUCCGCCGCAGCCCCACCCCCAACCGAAUCCGACCCCCUCCUCCCCACCACAAACACCCCCGAUAACAACACCAACCCCAACAACAGCGGCGGCCUACCCGGCUCGCACCGGCGGCACUCACUACCGCGGCGCACGAGCAGCAGCGUCGGCAUCGGCGGCGACCCCCUCGCGCGCAUCAUCACGGGCGAGGACGACACGCCCGACAGCCGGCCGUGGCUGCACAACACGGUGAGCCUGGUGGCCGUGUGGGCCGUGGGCGUGGCGGGGUGGUUCGUGAGCUACAAGAUGGGCGCGUGGGCCACCCCGGGGGGCGGGGAUGUCGGGGAUGUGGUGGCGGAGGAGCCGACGGCGGUGGUGGGGAUGGUGUUGGGGUAUGCGAGCGCGGUGUGUUAUUUGUGCGCGCGCGUGCCGCAGAUCAUCAAGAACUACCGCGAAAAGUCGUGCGAGGGGCUCGCGCUUCUCUUCUUUUUGCUGUCGCUGACGGGCAACUUCACGUACGGCGCGAGCGUCAUGGCGUUCUCCCAGGAGCGCGACUACUUUAUCAGGGCCCUGCCCUGGCUGCUGGGCUCUCUGGGCACCAUGGUCGAGGACUCCAUCAUCUUCGUGCAGUUCCGCUUAUACUCGCCGGAGAGGCAGGUCAAGCCUGGUGGAACGGCAUAGAGCGUUGGAGUAUCGGCUCAGGUUUGUAAUGUCGGACUAUGCGGUUUGUUGACGGGUUGCGUGGACGGGGACUUUAGUUUACAGAGCAUAGACGGGUGGGAUGAGAUGAGAGGAGAUGGUCACGGUUCCUGGGGAUGUGGGCAUUUGCAUGUUUGCAUGUUUGCAGCUUGGUCUGCAUCUUGGCUGCAUUUAUGGGGCGUCAAGGCUCCAGAUUGUCGUUUCGUGGGCGUUUUGCAUAUUAUCUGAUGUUGAUUACCUACCUUAGCCCGGCUGUACUGUACAUACCUCGCGUGCAUGAGCUAUUUAGAUGAGAGCCGAAGUCAUUUGCAGCAGCCAG